UAUAGAGCCUAUAGAGAAAGAGGAACGAGAGCGAGAGAAGAAAUGGCGGAAUCAUCAUCGUCAACGUCAUCGUCCCCCCUGGCAGCGAAGUCGGAUGCUGAGAUUGAAGAGCUGCUCGAUCGAAUGCUAACUCGUUUGGCUCUCUGUGAUGAUGCCAAACUCGAACCUUUGCUUUCCAAGCUCCUUCCCCUCUGCAUCUCCUCGCUAUCGUCUCAAUCACAAGCCGUUCGGAACAAGGUUCUUGAGAUUUUGAGUCAUGUGAACAAAAGAGUGAAACUUCAGUCCGAUAUUGGUUUGCCUUUGAUGGAGUUAUGGAAACUUUAUUCGGAAUCUAGUGGUACUCCAAUGAUAAGGAAUUUUUGCAUUGUGUAUAUAGAGAUGGCAUUUCAACGUGUAAAUGCAAAGGAAAAAGAGAAUUUGGCACCUGUUCUCUUAGUGAACAUCUCAAAACUUCCUCUUCAACACCAGGAAAUCAUACUAAGAAUCGUUGUUAAGGUAGUUGGUGAAUGCCACUCAAGUCAAAUUAGUGAUGAAGUUGCUGCAAAGUAUAGAUUAGUGACUGAUCCACAUGACAGGGAGCUGUUUAUUGAGUUUUGUACUCAUACAAUGUUGUACCAGCGGGUUUCUCAAAGUGGUGGAUUCCCUCCUGGACUUUCAGUUGCUCAAGCCAAUCGUGUUACAGGGAAACAACAGUUGCCAAGUGAUAAACUUAUGCUUGGAAAGUUGGGUAUUUUGAAUGUCAUCCAAGCUAUGGAGCUGGCCUCUGAGCUUGUUUACCCCUUAUAUAUUGCUGCCUCUGUUGAUUGUGAAGAGUCUGUUAUUAAGAGAGGCGAGGAGCUUUUGAAGAAGAAGGCCAGUGGUGUUAAUUUAGACGAUCAAAAUCUGAUCAACAGGCUGUUUUUACUAUUUAAUGGUACGGUUGCAGUAGAAAAUGUUGAUCCAGAAUCAAGAGUCAAUCCUGGGAGCCCCGUACUUAGAGCAAAAUUAAUGUCCAUCUUCUGUCGGUCUAUUACAGCAGCUAACAGUUUUCCAUCCACCUUGCAAUGCAUUUUUGGUUGCAUUUAUGGCAGUGGAACCACAUCAAGGUUGAAGCAGCUUGGGAUGGAAUUUACUGUAUGGGUAUUCAAGCAUGUGAGUGAAUUAUUAUUUGGCUUUCAUCUGUUGUCUAAGAUUUACCUUUUUGAACAAAGUAUUUUCCUUAGCCUAAAAUCUGGAUCUGUUCCAGUUGAAGAUGCUACUCGAUGUUUACAAAGUGAAGACUG